CGACAACUCCAUGCUGUGAGCCGCGGGCUGGUCUUGAACCCAGAGCUCUGCACGGAGGAUGGGGGCCGACGGGGAAACUGUGGUCCUGAAGAAUAUGCUCCUUGGCGUCAACCUGAUUCUUCUGGGCUUGAUGCUCAAGCCCACAGAGUGUCAGCUAGAGGUUCCCACGGAGAGGGGCCAGAGACCGGCGGUGGAGGAGGAGGGAGGCAUUGCCAGCUACAACACAUCCGACAAAGAGCCGCCCGUGGUCUUCAACCACGUGUACAACAUCAACGUGCCCCUGGACAGCCUCUGCUCCUCGGGGCUGGAGGCCUCGGCCGAGCAGGAGGUGAGUGCGGAAGACGAGGCACCGGCCGAGUAUCUGGGCCAGACCUCCGACCCGGAGAGCCAGGUCACCGUCACCCACAGGAUCAACCUCCCCAGAAAGGGCUGCCCGUGCGCCGCCGGCUCGGCCCAGGUCCUGCGGGAGCUGCUGAGCCGCAUCGAGAUGCUGGAGAGGGAGGUGUCGGUGCUUCGGGACCAGUGCGGCGGCAGCUGCUGCCAAGAAAGUGCAGCCACAGGACAACUGGACUACCUCCCUCACUGCAGUGGCCACGGCAACUUCAGCCUCGAGUCCUGCGGCUGCAUCUGCAAUGAAGGUUGGUUUGGCAAGAACUGCUCAGAGCCCUCCUGCCCCCUGGGCUGCUCCAGUCGGGGCGUGUGUGUGGAUGGCCAGUGCAUCUGUGACAGCGAAUACAGUGGCGAGGACUGCUCCGAACUCCGGUGCCGCACCGACUGCAGCUCCCGGGGGCUCUGUGUGGACGGGGAGUGUGUCUGUGAGGAGCCCUACACUGGCGAGGACUGCAGCGAGCUGAGGUGCCCCGGGGACUGCUCCGGGAAGGGGAGCUGUGCCAAUGGGACCUGUGUGUGCCAGGAGGGCUAUGUGGGCGAGGACUGUGGCCAGCGGCACUGUCUGAAUGCCUGCAGCGGGCGAGGACACUGCCAGGAGGGACUCUGCUUCUGCAAAGAGGGCUACCAGGGCCCCGACUGCUCGGCAGCUGCCCCUCCAGAGGACUUGCGAGUGGCUGGUAUCAGCGACAGGUCCAUUGAGCUGGAAUGGGACGGGCCGAUGGCAGUGACGGAAUAUGUGAUCUCUUACCAGCCGACGGCCCUGGGGGGCCUCCAGCUCCAGCAGCGGGUGCCUGGAGAUUGGCGUGGUGUCACCAUCACAGAGCUGGAGCCAGGUCUCACCUACAACAUCAGCGUCUAUGCUGUCAUUAGCAACAUCCUCAGCCUUCCCAUCACUGCCAAGGUGGCCACCCAUCUCUCCACUCCUCAAGGGCUGCAGUUCAAGACCAUCACAGAGACCACCGUGGAGGUGCAGUGGGAGCCCUUCUCCUUCUCCUUCGACGGGUGGGAGAUCAGCUUUAUUCCAAAGAAUAAUGAAGGAGGGGUCAUUGCCCAGCUCCCCAGCGAUGUCACAUCCUUCAACCAGACUGGACUAAAGCCUGGGGAGGAGUACCUUGUCAACGUGGUGGCCCUGAAGGAGCAAGCCCGGAGCCUCCCCAUCUCGGCCAGCGUGGCCACCGUCAUUGACGGGCCCACGCAGAUCCUGGUGCGAGAUGUCUCCGACACCGUGGCCUUCGUGGAGUGGACUCCCCCUCGAGCCAAAGUCGAUUUCAUCCUCCUGAAGUACGGCCUGGUGGGCGGGGAAGGCGGGAAGACCACCUUCCGGCUGCAGCCUCCCCUGAGCCAGUACUCAGUGCAGGCCCUGCGGCCCGGCUCCCGCUACCAGGUGAGCGUCAGUGCCGUCCGUGGGACCAAUGAGAGCGAGGCCUCCACCACCCAGUUCACGACAGAGAUUGAUGCCCCCAAGAACCUGCGGGUUGGCUCCCGCACAGCCACCAGCCUGGACCUCGAGUGGGACAACAGUGAGGCGGAGGUUCGGAAGUACAAGGUUGUGUACAGCACCCUGGCAGGCGAGCAGUACCACGAGCUGCUGGUCCCCAAGAGCGUUGGGCCAACCAGCAGAGCCACCCUCACCGAUCUGAUACCCGGCACUGAGUACGGAUUUGGAAUAUCUGCUGUCAUGGACUCACAGCAAAGCAUACCAGCCACCAUGAACGCCAGGACAGAACUUGACAGUCCGAGAGACCUUAUGGUGACAGCCUCCUCUGAGACCUCCAUCUCCCUCAUCUGGACCAAGGCCAGUGGCCCUAUUGACCACUACCGAAUUACCUUUACCCCAUCCUCUGGGAUCGCCUCAGAAGUCACUGUGCCCAAGGACAGGACCUGGUACACACUGACCGAUCUAGAGCCUGGGGCAGAGUACAUCAUUUCCAUCACCGCUGAGAGGGGUCGGCAGCAGAGCUUGGAGUCCACCGUGGAUGCCUUCACAGGCUUCCGCCCCAUCUCGCAUUUGCACUUUUCUCACGUGACCUCCUCCAGCGUGAACAUCACCUGGAGUGACCCAUCCCCUCCAGCAGACAGACUCAUCCUGAACUACAGCCCCCGGGAUAAGGAGGAAGAGAUGACGGAGGUCUCCCUGGAUGCCACCAAGAGGCACGCUGUCCUGAUGGGCCUGCAGCCGGCCACCGAGUACAUCGUGAACCUGGUGGCCGUCCACGGCACAGUGACCUCUGAGCCCAUCGUGGGCUCCAUCACCACAGGAAUUGAUCCCCCCAAAGACAUCACAAUUAGCAAUGUGACCAAGGACUCAGUUGUGGUCUCCUGGAGCCCUCCUGUCGCAUCUUUUGAUUACUACCGAGUAUCAUACCGGCCAACCCAAGUGGGGCGGCUGGACAGCUCAGUGGUGCCCAACACUGUGACAGAAUUCACCAUCACCAAGUUGUACCCAGCUACCGAAUACGAAAUCAGCCUUAACAGCGUGCGGGGCAGGGAGGAGAGUGAGCGUGUCUGCACUCUCAUGCACACAGCCAUGGACAACCCUGUGGAUCUGAUUGCUACCAACAUCACUCCGACGGGAGCCCUGCUGCAGUGGAAGGCACCUGUGGGCGAAGUGGAGAGCUACGUCAUUGUCCUCACACGCUUCUCAGUUGCUGGAGAGACCAUCCUGGUUGAUGGAGACAGUGAGGAGUUCCUGCUCACUGACCUGCUCCCUCGCACCCACUACACUAUCAGCAUGCAUGCUACCAGCGGGCCUCUCACCAGUGGCACCAUCAGCACCAACUUCUCCACACUACUGGACCCUCCUGCAAACCUGACUGCCAGUGAGGUCACCAGACAGAGUGCCCUGAUCUCCUGGCAGCCUCCCAGAGCCGAGGUCGAGAAGUACGUCCUGACCUACAAAUCCACUGACGGAAGCCGCAAGGAGCUGAUCGUGGAUGCAGAGGACACGUGGAUCCGGUUGGAAGGCCUGUCUGAGAGCACAGACUACACAGUGCUCCUGCAGGCGGCCCAGGAUGCCGAGAGGAGCAGCCUCACCUCCACCGCCUUCACCACAGGGGGCCGGGUGUUCCCUCACCCUCAAGACUGUGCCCAGCACCUGAUGAAUGGCGACACUCUGAGUGGGGUCUAUACCAUCUUCCUCCACGGAGAGCCCGGCCAGAAGCUCCAGGUGUACUGCGACAUGACCACGGACGGGGGUGGCUGGAUUGUGUUCCAGAGGCGGCAGAACGGCCAGACCGACUUUUUCCGGAAGUGGGCGGAGUACCGCGCUGGCUUCGGGAACCUGGAGGACGAGUUUUGGCUGGGGCUGGACAACAUACACAGGAUCACAUCCCAGGGCCGCUACGAGCUGCGCGUGGACAUGCGCGACGGCCAGGAGGCUGCCUUCGCCCACUAUGACAAGUUCUCGGUCGAGGACAGCAGGAGCCUGUACAAGCUCCGUGUAGGCGGCUACAACGGCACUGCAGGGGACUCCCUCAGCUACCACCAGGGACGCCCCUUCUCCACUGCGGACAGAGACAACGACAUCGCCGUUACCAACUGCGCCCUGUCCUACAAGGGGGCGUGGUGGUAUAAGAACUGCCACCGGACCAACCUCAACGGGAAGUACGGGGAGUCCAGGCACAGCCAGGGCAUCAACUGGUACCACUGGAAAGGCCACGAGUUCUCCAUCCCCUUCGUGGAAAUGAAGACGCGCCCCUACAACCACCGGCCCCUGGCGGGGAGGAAGCGGCGGUCCUUGCACUUCUGAGCCGUGGGCGGCCGCCGGCCACCUGACCUUUCUGUCAUUUGUUUGUAUUUUAUAAACCAAGCAAGGGGUGGGGGUCACAGCACUGUGCAUUGCAACGUGUCCUGAGUGUUGGAAGGAAGCAGGGAGUAGCAGGAGUCGGUUGAGAAUUAGCCUAAGGUUUCUGCUGCCCUCGGGCCUGACCCUAGUCCAUUCUCCCUCCUCGGCAGCCACCUUAGCCGGCCCCUUUUCCCACCAGGAGGAGAAGGGAGACGUUUCCUAAAAGACCAAAUCAAAGGCCAGUGGUGGAGUCAGGUUGCUAUGGUGACGGGCA